AUGCGCGGCAGGUUGACGUCUUCCCACAAAGAGUCCGAGAGCGUCUCUUCCACUGGCAAAACCGCUCACGAUCACGAACUCUCACACGUCGAAGACACGUUACACGAAUCGCCCGAGAACUGGAACAAGCUCCAUGAAUACUAUACCAAGUACCCGAACGCCUGGGCAAGGUUCCGCGGUUAUAUUCGCGAGCCCGCCGCUGAAGCCCUUGGCUGCAUGAUUCUCAUUAUCUUCGGAAACGGUGUUGAUUGCCAAGUCGUACUCUCAGGAAACACAGGCGUUGCCUCGUCCCCCAAGGGCGAGUAUCUUUCCAUCUCCUUCCUUUGGGCAGUCGGCGCUGCACUUGGUGUAUGGGUGUCAGCCGGUAUUUCCGGCGGCCACAACAACCCGGUAAUCACGCUCGCGCUCGCCAUCUUCCGUGGCUUCCCUUGGAAGAAGGUUCCGGGCUACAUCCUCGGUCAAGUGUUCGGCGCUUGGCUGGGCGCCAUGCUUACCUACGCAAACUACUUCCACGCCAUCGACAUCUACGAGGGCGGAAAAGGUGUCCGCACCGUCCCCGGCACGGCUUCCCUCUUCUCGACCUACGCACUCGACUACUUGCCCUCCGCCGCCUGCUUCUUCGAUGAGUUCUUGGGCACAUUCAUCCUCGUCGUUGUUGUCUUCGCCGUGACCGACCGCAACAAUGGUCCCCCGCCCGCUGGCCUGCUCCCCUUGGUCAUCUUCCUCCUCAUCUUGGGUCUCGGCGCUGGCUGGGGUAUGCAAACCGCCUACGCGAUCAACCCCGCCCGUGACCUCGGUCCUCGUAUCAUGACCGCCAUGGUUGGCUACGGCCGCGAGGUGUUCAACUACCGCUCCCAGUUCUGGCUCUGGUGCAUUACCUGUGGCCCGCUCGCGGGCGGUCUUACCGGCGCGCUCUUCUACGACCUCUUCAUCUUCACCGGCGGCGAGUCCUGGGUCAACCGCCCGUCGGCGGCCGCACGUCGCCACCUCGCAAAAGCCGCCCCUGGCGAGCGGGCCAACCCCAUUGCGGGCCCGAACGUGGACGCCGUUCAGGCUGUCUAA